AUGAAAAGAGAGAGAACUAGAGCUUGAUGACUUACUCUAUGAGUGGUCAUACUUGCUGUAGUAAACUGACAGAAGUUAACAGGGGUCAAGAAUUAUCACUCUGUUAACACAACAGACGAGAUUUAUUCAUCAUUGAUGGGAGGCAAACCCUUCCAGAUUGAUGGAGAAGAGUUUGCAUCAGGACAAGGAGCUGCAGACCACUCUGUUUAUUUUAAAGGAUCUAGUGCUAAUGAGCAAGGUCCUAUCGUUAACAAUGAUUUUGAUUUUAAAAGUAGUAUCCAAUCAGGGUUUAUUUACUAUGAAACGCCUCAUAUCAACAAGAUCUUGCCUUCUAAUUUGCAAUCAACUUUGUCAUCCUACACUUCGGUUGUGCAUUUGAAGGAUUCAGGAGUAGGAUCUGCCCAGAGAAAUUUUGCUUGAGAUAUAGAUGCUGAUUGAGAUAUAAAGUAUUCAAUUAACUACACUCCCCAGAUAUUGCGAGUGUAUCCAUCCACUGUCUACUCCGGCCAAGAUAUUUGUUUUGAAGUAUUCACUGACAAGACUACAGAAAGCAGCAGAGAUGGAGUGAUAGACCUUAAAAUUGGGGACUACCAUGCUGACGUGGAAACCUACGAUGAGUACAACUCUGAGAAAGAAAGUACCUACCAUAACUAUCACCAAUGUGGUAUUGCUGGAGGAAACAAGGCAAAAUCUAGCUAUGAAGUACACUUGAUUGGAGACACUGGAGAGUAUCUUGUUUCAGAUUUUGCUAAAUCCUUUGAUGGAACAAAUGCAUAUACUGUCAGGAGUGUUCCAAAGAUUGAAUCAAUUUAUCCCAAUACUCUAAACCCUGUCAAUGGAACUAUUAUCAACAUUAGAGGAGAAGGAUUUUCCCCUCUCUCAAGCGAAAACAUUGUAGAUGUGCAAGGAAAUGCAUGCCAAAUUCUGGAAGUAUCUGAAACUGAUAUUAGAUGCCAAGUAACCGUUACAACAAGUGAUUACUCAUCUACAACAGAUUUCGUAGGGGGACUUGGAGCUCAUGCUAUUGAGUAUGAUGGCAUUGUAAGCACAGAAAUUAGUGGUACAACUAUUACUCCAGUUGCUAAACACUUUACGGAUCUAGUAUCUAGAACCAACACCAAUGAGAACGAAAAUAGGAUGACCAGAUCAAUUGAAGCCUGGUUUGUUCCACCUCAAGAUGGAAGUUAUAUCUUCCAUGGAGCAUGUGAUGAUUCAUGUGUUGUCGAACUCUCAACUACUCCAGAUGAUAAGUCUGCUGCAUCCCAACUCUUCACUGCAACAAAUAUUGGGUUUGCAGAUUUCUGGAAGAACACUACAGAUCACAAGUCUGCUGCUAAAUCUUUAACUGGAGGUCAGAAAUACUACAUGAAGAUUACUUUCAACGACUGGGGAUACGGUGACUAUAUGCAGGUAGGAUUUACCAUUGAAGAUACCUCUACUCAAGUUGCCAACUCCCAUAGAGGAUGGAAAAGAUCUACUAUUGAUGCAGGGCAUACCUUUGAGUCUUUUGAACUUGAGAUUCCUGAUAAUGCUGAUGUAAGCUAUAGAUUAAGAUUUGAUAGUCAAAGUACUUCUGACUGUACAGGGAUCACUAGUCCUUCUGAUAUUUUUAGAUCGUGUACUACAGAAUUAUGCCCUUGUGUUUCUUCUACCUUCAGUCAAACUUCUAGUGCUUCAAACUUUAGAUCAUCGAUCAAUGAUUUCUUUAAUAAGUUCCACUCUAAUUAUGGAAACCAUGCUAAAGUAGUUAAAGAAACUGUGACCAAUGGAGGUUUAACUACAGGAUAUAAAUUCAAAACUACAUUCACUUAUGCUCUUUCAAAUGCUAGCUUCAAUGGAAUCUUUGUAUAUGAGAUCAAGAACUCUGACAAUUCAACAAGAUUGCUCGCUCUCAAUACUGAUUACAAGUUGACUUAUACUGAUGCUGAUAAACUCACUCAGCCUUUAGUUGGAAAUUAUAAGAUCAGGAUCAAUGAUGGAUCUAACAACAAUGUUGACACUGAUGAUAUCAAUCCUCAUGAGUCCAAAGGACAAGUCUUGAGAAAAAUAUACGCUAAAGUUCCUUCACUUAUGGGAAAAGUAGAGAUUAGAGACUCUUACGAAACAUUUUUCUCAGGAGAUGAAGGAAGAGAACUCUUCUGGAGGACAACUACUGAUGCUGAUGCUUUCUCUUUUAGUGUAAUUGACUCUACUACAACAGCUAUGAAUAUUCCAAACUUCCCAUCGAAUACCAUCACCAUUGAGAACGAUAACAACUAUAUGCCUGCUUCUAACAAGCCAUUUUAUGAAAUUAUUCCUGGAGCAUUUUUAAAAACUGUAGAGACUCAGCCACAAGUCACCGUUACUACAAAUGGAAUAAGUGGAGCUUGUCCAUCCAAAGGUUCAUGUGGGUUCACAUUUAAUAGUGUAUCUGGCUCCAUCACCUCAUAUACCUUCAACUCAGAUUACACAGAGCUGACUGUUGUAGGAACAACAAUUCCAACAACCACUGUAGAAUACAUUAGUGUUGGAAAAUGUAUCUGUGACUUACAUCCAAGCUAUUCAGUAACUGCCACACAAAUUAAAUGUAUUAUGAGAGACUGUCCCUCAGGAUCUUAUAAAGCUCACGUGCAGACAUCUAAAGGUGCCUUGACAAAUUCAGGAAGUAACCAGAUUGAAAUCCCAGUUGCCAUUAGCAAUGUUACUCCAAAACAACUCUAUCAAAAUGGAGGACAGAACAUUAUUAUCACAGGAACAAACUUUCCCACUAGCCUCACUGAAGCAAAUUCUAUUUCAGAUUUUGCUGUCAAAUUUAAUGACGGCAGCGUAUGCCAAGUGAACAGUGUUUCAUUCACAAGAAUCACCUGCACUGGGCCUGUAGGGUUAACUAUUGGUGGAAUCAGCUUAAGUGUAACUUUGAAUGGAAAGACUCACUCACAAGAUGACCUAACAGUCUCAGCCCCAGCUUAUAAUGUUGCAAGUAUUGAUAAGUCAAGUGUAUCUGCAGUUCAAAAGCAAAAUUUGGUAAUCACUGCUGAUUCAAAGCCAGGCUCUAACUUGUCUGAAUACCAUGGACUUCUUGUUUCAACUACAAAAUCAAUAAAAAUGAAGGUUAAUAGCAUUGUAGAAGAUAAUGGAGUCUUCAAAUACACUGUUAGAUUCCCUGGAGCACCAAAAGGGGAUACUUACAAUGUAUACUUAGUCCACAAUGAUCAAAGAUUUGGAAGUACAACAACCCUUAGCACAGAAACUUCUAUAACAGGUAUUUCCAUUGAAGGACAAGGAGAUAGUAACGUUAGCAUUCACGGAGGAAACAUCAUAGCCUUAACAGGAACUGCUUUCUCCACUGAUAUUACAAGCUUGGUGAUGGUUAUUGGGCAACAAAAGGGAACAGUGAUAUCAUCAACAGGGACUGAAGUGAAAGCAAGGAUUCCAGCUGUGAUAGAGGCUGCUGAAGCUGAAAUUACCUUUUUCCAGAAGCCGAAUGUUGAAUCUACUUGCGGUAUUGGAGGAGGAUGUAAGAUAACAUAUGUGACUGAUAGUCAGACUAUCUCAGGUCCUGCUACAGAUAUUGCUAUUACUGAUGGAAUUGUGACAAUUUCAGGCACAAAUUUUGGAGCCAAUGCUAAAGGAUUUAUUUCAGAUAAUGAGCAAACCACUAUAUCUUCAACUUCUACUGAAGUCCAAAUCAGGCUCAAUAAAAUUUCAGAUCCUUCAGACAUAAAACUUGAAAUUAGAACUGAUGGAGCUAACCUUCCUACCUUUACACUUGCCACACCUAUCACUCAGAAACUUGUUUCACUUACUCCAAACACUGGUUCGAUUGGAGGACAAAAGAUUACUCUCAACACUAUCGGAAUCGGUACUGAAACAACUUCAAAUAUUGCAAUUACAGAUUCAAGUAGCAAUGCUUUGUGAAUGGAUGGGACCACUACUCAAGUCGACAGUUCAACUAUCACUUGUGUUACAAAGGGAUCUUAUGACUUCAGUUCAGGCGUUGAAGCAAGGCUUUCAUUCACAAGUACAGAUACAACUGCCGGAAGGAACUCUGUUGUAACUCUAUCGUGUGCUACAGGCUCUGAUUGUACAUUUACAUCUCAAACCUCUAGUACUCCUUCUAUUAACUCUGUUUCUAAUGCAGGAAAUGAUAUAACUGUUGAUGUAAGUGGGUAUUCCUUUGAUAAUACCCAUACUGUAACGAUCUUCUACGGGAUGGCUUCUUCUCAGGCUUCGUCUAUCAGUGGGACAGCUGCUACUGCAACAUUCGCUAAUGGGUUCACUCCAGGAGCUACAGACGUCAAAGUAAAGUUUGAAAAAGAUGGAAAUGUGGUCUAUACCAGUCCCUCAAGCCAUACUCUGAAUACAGAAUCUAUCACAGGCUCUGGAGCCGAUAUAUCAUGUUCGUUUGCUGGAGGUUGUACCAUUACGAUUCAAGGACAGGGGCUUAAGACUGGAGCUCAAGGAGGUGAUAUAAAAGUUACUGUCUGUAACAUGCCAGCUACUUUUGAUCUUGCAGCUUCUGACUCAAGUAAAAUAGUUGCACUUACUCCUAAUUAUGUGAAUUCACACUCUCAAGAAAGCUUUUCAAUAGUUGAUACUCAGGUGCUCACAGGAACCUUGAUAAGUGACUCUGCAACAGGGUCUCUAGCUUUUGAUGGAAUAACUACUAACAAAGUUACAGGAACUGGAGCUGUUGGAGUUGGAUACAAUUUCGGAGUAGGAAAUAUUGCUCAACUCACCAAAGUACGAUAUUUCAUGGGCCAAAUGACAGAUAAACAAACCAACUGUGUCGACAAGGUGAAGUUUCAAUCAUCUACUGAUGGAACCAACUGGGGCACGAAUGUUUUCGUAGGAGAUAGACUUAUGAGAAAAGGAUGGAAUACAAAUAAUUUCACCACUCCAGUUUCUUCUCAGUACUUCAGACUUUAUGUUGAGGAUAUUGUUAGCUGACCAAUAGUAGAAAUAGAGAUGAUUGGAAACAAAUUCAUUAAUGACUCUGCUACUUCAAAAGCAUGUGAUGUUCAUGUCUCGAUUGGUUCUGCUACUCCAACUCUAUUACCAAACAAAGUAAACUAUCAGGAUAGUGCUACAACUAAAGUUACAGGAAUUUCACCAAGAUACGGAACCUAUAAAGGAGGAGAUAUUGUUACCAUUACCGGUGAAGGAUUUAGUGCUACAACAACUGAGACCAAAGUACUUAUUGAUGGAAUUGAAUGUACUACUAAUUCUGUUACUUCCACAACAGUAACUUGUACUACCCAAGCAAGGCCUGCCGUUGUGGCAAACCCAACAACUGUACUAUCGUUUUCAUCUGCGGCUGGUUCUAAUGGACUUGCAUCAAUGCAAUCACAUACCUUUACAUACGCUAACAAUUGGAGUGAUUUGGAUACUUGGAACGGUGAAUUCACUCCUCAAGAAGGUGAUUCGAUAGUGAUUCCUAAAGGACAGAUGCUUAUUGUAGAUAUUGAUGAAUCUCCAAAACUAAAUGCAAUUAUAGUAGAAGGAUCUCUUGUUUUUAUCCCAGAUGCUAAUGAAAACCAUCACAGAACCUUUGAUGCUAAUUACAUUUUCAUACACUCUGGAGGUGUAUUUGAAGCAGGAACACCAGAUAACAGAUAUACUUCUAAACUGACUAUUACAAUGCAUGGUACUAGAGAGAGUACACAAAUUCCAUCUUAUGGAAACAAAGGAAUUUUUGUAAGACAUUCUCAAUUUGAUAUGCAUGGAGCCUACAGAAAUGUGACUUGGACAGAACUUUACUCAACACUGAGCCCAGGAGGUGGAUCUAUUACUCUGAUGAAGCAUGUCGACUGGAAAAUUGGAGAAGUAAUUGCUAUUGCCUCGACAGACUUCAGUCUUGAAUACACUGAAGAAUUCACAAUCAAAGAUAUCAACAAUGAUGGACCGAAUGGGUCUAUAAUAACUCUCAAUAGAGCAGCUGAGCGUACUCAUUUUGCAGAAAGUAAGGAUUAUACUGGAAGUAAUGGAAUCAAUCCUGACAAGACAAAGACUUUAACGAUGAGAGCUGAAGUUGGAUUAGUAACUAGAAAUCUCAUCUUUAAAGGAGCUGAUGAUGAUUCAGUUGAGAAUCAGUAUGGUGCUCAUAUUAUGCUUCACUCUCCAGGAGAUGAGAGCUUGACAGGAAGAAUCUCAUAUGUAGAGUUGACUCAAGUAGGCCAAGCUUUCCAACUUGGAAGAUACCCAAUUCAUUUCCAUAUGAUUGGAACAGUGCACGGAUCAUACAUUAAAGGAAAUUCUAUUCAUCAUACUUACAAUAGAGCUUGCACCAUUCAUGGUGUUCACUACCUAACAUUAGAAGAUAACUUUGCUUACCAAACAAUGGGUCACACAUUCUUUAUUGAAGAUGCUGUAGAGACUAAUAACUACUUAAGAAGAAACUUAGUAAUGAAGAGUAUGAGAUCUUGGUCUUUAUUGAACACUGAUCAGACACCUGCAGCAUUCUGGAUCACUCAUCCAAACAAUAUUUUCAUUGAUAAUCACGCUGCUGGAUCAGCUAAGUAUGGAUUCUGGUUUGACUUGCAAGUUCAUCCAACUGGGCCUUCAUAUGACCCAGACAUUUGCCCAGAGUAUGAAAGAUUAGGAGAAUUUACUGGAAAUGUUGCUCAUUCUAAUGGUAAAUACGGACUCAGAAUCUUCCACAGAUUUAACCCUGUCGAAGACCCUUGUGCUGGACUUAGAAAUGCUAACGGAAGAGAUCAAAUAGUGGGUGAAGGAACCACACCUGUAGUCACAAGAUUCAGAGACUUCAUUACUUAUAAGAACAAUAGAUCUGGAGUUAUGGGAGAAGAAUUUGGAGCUGUAAGAUUCCACAACAUUGUCACUGCUGAUAACUUAUUCGCUGGAAUUGAAUUUAGUGGAACUGGUGUUGGCCCAUGGAUUGGAGAAGACGAAGAAUAUCAACUUCAAGAUGCCCUUAUUGUUGGAGCUUCAGAUAAUGCGGAAAUGACAUUCCAGACUAAUGUAGAAGGCCUUCUACAUGAUCUUGGACAUGAUUCUAAUGAAAAAUUCGGUGGAACAAGAGGUCUAAAAGGUGCUAAAACAGAGAAAAUGAGGGUAAAAGACAUUCUGUUUGUAAACUACAAAAAUUACACAGAUUGGAGUCCUCUUGGAACAUGUUCUCAUUGCGAAGGUUCAGGAACUGAUUCAUCUGGAAGAACUUAUUUCCUUAAGAACUUAUACUUCACAAACUGUGAUAGAAGAGUCAAGUUUGAUGAGCCUUACAAGGAAAUACUUUAUGACGAAGAUGGUUCUCUUAUUUCAGAUAUUUGGUUGGAUAAUUCAUGGAUGCAUAAAGAAUCAAAAUUUCAAUUGUUGAAUGAAUCAAUAAACUCUACUUAUAGAUGGAUUGUCCCCUACUACAAGCAUUUGGAUGUCCCAGAAUGUCAGAGGAAUGAAGAUAUAUAUGGAGGAUUGAUAUGUGACCAAUCUAUCAGUAUUAGAAGAGUAUUGCUCCAUGACCCUAAAAAAUUUGAUGUUUUAAAGAACAGACCUAUAAAAGUACUAAAUCUUAACCAUACUGCAAGCGGGAGAAGAAUGUUGGCUGAUUGUGCUAAUGCAAACCAGACUUCAACAUUUUCUACAAUUAAGUCUCAUGAUGAUGUUUCUAUGCAAAAUCAGAUUGAUUUACUUGCUGCCUUCCACAAUAGAAAAACUAAUAAAACUGCAUAUGACCAGGCUGUAGCUGAUUAUGAGAAUGGUGUCGCUGGUGCAUCCCAAGCCCAAAUCGAUUCUGCACAAACUAAUAUGGAUUCAGCACAGCAAGCUAUCACAAGACUUGAACCAUUAGUGGAUGCUGAGAAGGGUAAAUAUGAUGAACUGUGGAAAUAUGAUAACGCAUUCUGUAAUGACGACUCCUAUCAAAAUUUUGACUAUCGUCUGAAAGCGAAUCCUUUCAAAAAUUGGGUAUUCCCAGUGAUCACAGGAUAUCAAUAUAAUUUCCAUCUUGACAAUGGAGCUGAUUUCGAAGAACUAACUGGUCAAUACAGUUAUGCUGAGCUUCUGAAAGGAGAAACAAGAGGAAUAAUUCUUAACCUGAAUCAUACAGAAAGGAGAGAGGCAUUUAACUAUACAUAUACUCAUGCUAAUGGAACUUCUGAUACUAUUAUCACUCCAAAGACAACUCAUUUAAGUCUCGAUAGCUCAAGCCAGAAUGGAGAUGUCUACUUCAAUAAUGUGACGCGUCAUAUUCAGAUUAAAUUUGAUGGGCAACGUAACGACACUCUCUCUUUCAAGCUGAAGGCAGAUGAGUGCAUCUCUUGGGGAAAUUGUAAUGCUGACCUAACUGAAGAUGCUGAAAUAGAGAAAAACUACAGAAGAUGGAGCAAUCCUUCUUCUUGGACAUCAGGUAAAGUCCCAGUUGCUGGGGAAGAGGUCCUGAUCGAACCAACUUGGAAUAUGCUCUAUGAUCUUGAAGACUCACCUAUAUUGAAAAGUAUUGAAGUCAAUGGGAGACUUACAAUUGAGAAUACAGAUAAAGACCGAAUUCUAAGGACUUAUUUAAUAUUCAUUAGGAAAGGAGAUUUAGUUGUAGGGACAGAAGCAGAGCCAUUUAAGGCUAGUAUGACAUUUGAAUUACACGGUCAAAGAAGUGACAAGGACAUCUAUUUCCAUACGAAAAUGUUCGAAGGAGGGAACAAAGUAAUUGCUAACACUGGAAAUAUGACUAUGUAUGGAAAAUCUGUUGACAUCAAGUUCACAAGACUUGCUGAGCCAGCAGCUGCUGGUGCUACUACAAUUAAAAUUACAGAUACUCCUUCUGACUGGAAAGCUGGAGACCAGCUUGGUAUCGCUCCAAGCGGAAGAGAUUGGGAACAAAGAGAUUCUGUGACUAUUGCAUCGAUCAAUGGAAAUACUGUCACUCUGACUGAAGCACUUAAAUUCGAUCACUAUGGAGCAGCUUCUAUUGAUGCAAGCGAGUCAGGAACUAUUGAUAUCAGAUCAGAAGUUCUUCAUUUGACAAGAAAUAUCAAGAUUGUUGGCGUAAACCAAGAUAGAUGGGGAGCCCAUGUUGUGACAGCUCAUAACCAAGAUUCCCAAUUUCUUAAUGGAAAACUCAGUACUGUUACUAGAAGAGGAUGGGCCAUUAUUGAUCAUGUUGAAUUCAAAAAUUGUUCUCAAUACGAUACUGAUAAAGCUUCUGUGAGAUUUACAGAUAUUAGUGGACUGACAGCUGAUGACAUAAGAUCAAAAGUAACAAACUCAGCUAUCCAUGAUGGACUUGGCAUUGGAAUCAUGGUAUCUCACGCUGAAGACAUAACAGUUGACUCUAACAUGGUUUGGUUCCAUCAUGUUGGUGGAAUCUGGAUGAAGAGAUCAGAUAAAACAAAGAUUACCAACAAUGUAGUUGCAGGAAUGGGCACUAGAUAUUGGUCAGGUGAGACUAGACUUGAUGAGCUUGCUCUCUUUAACUUCUGAAAUCAUGAUCAAAACUGUAAUGAAUUAACUGUAACUGGAAAUAUCGCUGCUGGUGGGCAUAGAGUAGGAUUUGCCCUUCCAGCCUCAUGUGACUCUACUCUCACAAAUAUGACUAAUAACAUGGCACACUCAGUUGAACAUGGAGCUUGGUUGCUCAACAAUACUCUUUGUACUGCAGGUAAACAUUAUUUCGGAAACUUCAAAGCUUAUAAAACAGUCGAAGAAGGAGUAUUUUCCUACCAAGAAUUCGGAAGUUUAGAAGUCACCAAUGUCGAGACCCUUGAUAAUGGAAUCGGAGUAACUCUAAUGACCAAAGGAGAUACUGUGAAUAACUAUAUCACUCUUAAAAACUCUGUUAUCAUGGGGGAGAGUUUAGCUCUACCUAAAGAUUCUGGAAGUUAUUGUAUUGACAUCAAUGGAAUGUGGGGGUCUUCUGGUACUCAAAAGGGCAAAGUAUUCCCAGAACUCAAGCUUACUAAUCUACCAUAUCACAAAAUGAAGAGUUAUGGAAGUUGGUUCACAGAAGCUCAUCAUAUCAACAUAACAUUUAAGAAUUUUCCAUCAGGGACAAGGCAGAAUUGUGCUUCCUCCACUACAAAGCUUCAGAGAGUUAUCGGCUUGAAUCCUUCUGCUUCAGAUUUUGCAGCAGUAAAUAGGUACACAGAUUCAAUUUUUAACAAUGUUCACAAUGAUGCUGUUGCUUAUUUCCCUGGCUCAAAUCCUGCUUGGGCGAUUCUGAAAGCUUGUGGAUCCUUCCCAUGUACUGGAAUUGAGAAUGCUGUUUAUAAAUUCGAAGGAACUACCUUUACUGGAACUAACAAGCCAUCCUACUCAGAUUCUGCCUUCCAGAUCAUUCCUGAUAAUUCUGAGGCAGCUGACCACAUUACAGGGUGCUCAAAACUUGCUGGAUGGAAUGGUUAUCUCUGCAAAAAUGAAAAGAUAGCUCAAUUACUAAUGGAAUCUAUGGACGCAGACACUGAGGAAAGAACAAUCUCACCAAUCAACUACUUUGGAAUUGAUAGAUCAACAGGGCUGAGAACUUCUUUUAACAAUACCAUGAAUUCCUUUAAAGAUCACUGCUGAGAUGACCAUUAUGCUUGUCAGAAGAGGCUAAGUAGGUUCCCAGGGCUUAUUGAAUUGGAUAAAAAGUACGAAGUCUAUUUCAAAGGAACUACUCCAGGAAAUACUCGAUACGAGAUUGAAGGGGCAAAUGUUAACGAUUAUCUCAUUGCAAGAAUUGAUUUCUCACAAUCAGUCUUAUAUGAAGUCUCUACUGCUAUCAACAGAGGAGCUGAAACCCAUAUUGCUUCACAGUCCUACAAUAGAACUCUUGGCAAACCUGGACCCCUUGACAUUACAAAAUGUGGAGAUAGCAGAUAUGAACAAGGCGAUUACAUUUAUGAGUUCGUCCUUAAGAGAAACUGUACAGUUUAUCUCAGAGCACAAGAUCAUCUUGUAGGGCUUGUAAGACUCAAAAUGUCUCUUGACCAGUUCUUCGAAGAAGACUUUGUUAACAAACUAGCUUUUGCUCUCAGUAUUUCAACUGACCAAAUUAAGAUUGUCGGCAUAUCUGAGGGAUCUGUGGUUAUUAAUUACCAGAUUACUAGCACAAGUACCACAGACAAGAGAAAAAACUUAGUUGAAAUGGCCCAAAUCCUGGCUUCUCAGCACGCUGCUGGAACACUAGAUUUAGGUGGUGAAAUCCUUGAUUUAAUCAAUGAAAUAAUCUCCUCGAACGGUUCCUCAAUUACAACUGAGACAGAUUCGUACAAAAAGAAGGAGAUCCAUGCUCUAGUGUAUGCCAUGAUCUCCAUCUCCGCUCUUGCUUUCAUCAUUGGAGUUGUCUACGGCCUCAUCAAAAUGAUCAAGAUGGGUAAGGUCUAUAGAGAAGUUAUUAAUGAAGAGUCAGUCGUUGAAGGGAAAAUGGAUAAGGAAGGGAUAGAAGAAGGUGGCAAGGUUAGAGUUUGGGCUGUGGAAGAGAUUAAGGAGAAGUAAUUAUAAGGCUCAACUUGAGUUAUUUCAAUUUA